CGCGCGGCCGCACCAUUCCUCUAGCGUAAACCUACGCAGUGUGAAAGUAGUCCCUUCUAAAGCGAUAAAUAUUUCUAACAAUAGCUCACCAAGCAGACAGCUAACGACGCCAGUGAUCCGACGUAUGGCAGUAGAUAAUCUGCACGCAACUACCUGCGGAAAACCGUAAAAACUUGGUGUGAAACUGAAGAUGAGGUGAUGUGCGAUUGGUCCAAAGAGAGUCAUUGUUCAGGGCAGAGUAUCAUGUAGCAUUCACCCUAACCGCGUACACUAAACUUGUAAUGAGUGCCUCGAAAACGCUCUUCCAACGUUCGACACUGUGAAUCACGUCUAUGUCGUUGUGCUUCGUGGAAACAUAAACUAGAUUAAGACAACAAACUUCACCGUGUGAUUAUAUUUUCGUUCCUGCAUAUCGUUUCUACAGUGCGCGAGUGUUAUUUGCCUCAAGUUUCAUGACAAAGUUUAGCAUGUGCCACGUGAUGAUUCGGUGUACACGGACGGAAUGAUUUGCUUCGUGACAAGAUUCGUGAGAUGAUUUAUUUGAAAUGUAGUAUCAGUUUAUGCAACGUCGGAUAUUACUUAUCGUAAUUUUCGGUACAUUGAAAGAACAUAUAUAAUUAAUCAAGAGUGUUAUCGUGUAAACGCGAUAAAAAUAAUUAGUGUUAAAAAAUAAAGGAUUUCUAGGAUAUAUAAGAUUUGAGAAAAAAUUUGUAGUAGAAAGUGGCAGAUGUCCAAAGGGGCGUCGGAUGAACCAUAGGUGUUGACGGCACUGAAGCCGGCGGCGGAGUGAUUCGCGGCAUUCUGUGGGGGCCCUCAGCUGUUUCCCGCCAAAGAUCGCCAUUACAAAACGCGUUCGGGCGUUGUGUGUGCGCCGCGCGGAGUGGCUGUCCCGUGGACGAAUCUCGGUGCGUGCCACCGCGGUCUAAAAAGUUAAUUAACGAGUUCCGUGGAGGAUUUGCGUCACGUUUGCGUGAAGUGUGCGCGUCGAUUUUUUUCGAGUGGAGUGCUGCGAAAGAGAGAGAAGCCCGUCGUCUUUUCGCUGCCGUGACGACGGCUGCUGGGACGGUGCGGGAUCGCGCGGCGGGAUUCUUAGUGCUGCGGACCAACGAGAUAUGUCAGUGUUUGGUGGCGAGGAUCGUAUUCUGCUCGAGGAAAUUGUCGAAACCACCGAGGAACAGGAAACCAAUUUGUGCGGCAUUGGAACAAUAGAGGAGGGCUCGGUGACCACGAGCGUGACGGUCGCCGAGGUCGCUGAUUCGCAGGAGCAACAGCAACAGCAAUCGAAAAGCAACGGCGCAGUAUCUCGCCGUGUUGCUGGUCAGAACGUUGCGUUGAGCAACGGAAAUAGUACCAGCAACGUCGGCCGCGUUACACCGCGAAGCCAUAUGGAGCAGGAGAAGCGUAUGCGGCGAGAAAUCGCCAACAGCAAUGAACGACGUCGGAUGCAAAGUAUUAACGCCGGUUUCCAAUCUCUAAGGACGUUGUUGCCACAUCAUGAGGGCGAGAAACUUUCUAAGGCUGCGAUACUUCAGCAGACUGCCGAAUACAUAUACCAGCUGGAGCAAGAGAAAACCCAACUGCUGUCACAGAACUGUCAAUUAAAGCGACUGGUGAAUCAACACGAGGGUGGCGAUGUUCCGAUCAAGAAACGCAAACCGGACAAUCAAGGAGGUGUCGUGGUUAGUCUACCAAUGCACGUUAGUGAAAGCGGUGACGAAGGAUUGGGCAGCAUGUCCCCAGAACCAUUGUCGGUAAUAACGGUGACCACAGAGGGACAUUCUGUGGUCAACAGUGAGGUGGUAGAACUCAGACGACAGUUGGAAAGGGAACGUCACGCGAGGUUGCAUCUAGAGAAGCAGAUGAGAGCUAUACAGAGUCAACUAUACCCGGAAAGAUUCAGGGAUAAUCAAUUGAUCACUUAUCAGCCUCACGAGGUGAUUGAACAUACGGACAACGUGAUCGCUCAAGAGACAGAGGAAGCGGUAGCGGCACUGCAGGUAGUUUCCGUGGUGUCCUUGGCACCGGUUGGCACGACGCAAACCGUGGACACGUCUAGUCCGGAUCCAAGUUCACCACCCCUGUCUCCACAACCCGCCGAUAUGGUACCAGAAGAGAUCAAGGAGGAAGAGACUGGACCAGGUUCGCCGAAGAUCGUAACGUUUGGUCAGAACCAGGUGUUCUCCGCAAUUGACGAACAGACUACCGGUGACUCUUUUUCCUCGUCGAGUCGUGUCACGUACGCCACGACUACGGGGGAGUUUAAAAACGCGUCACCUCAAUAUAUCACCACCAGCCCCAGCAGGCCUUUCUCACCAACCGCGGAGCCGCAACGACUACCAAGCGUCCUCGAGGCUGCUAUGAAAGCGGAACCGAAAGUAGAAGUUGAAAGGUUGCCGUCGCCUUCGAACUCCCUAGACGACAGUUCCCCUCAGGCGAGGCUUUAUUUAGCGAACACCUCCAGACAGAAUCUGGAAACGAUCGUGGAGGCGAUACGUCACCUGGAGGGGGACCAUCUCUUCAGCGACGAGCCAGCGCAGGACAUGCCGCUGGCGUUGACCAACAAACAAACGGUGAACACGUCGAGCAAAUCAUCUACUACGCCAGGUGCGUCGCCGACGGCGAAGCAGCGGCUACUACAGGCCGAGUUCCUCCAGUUCCACAGACAGCAACAGGCCCAGCAGCGACCGGGCGUGAUCGUAGUGAAGCAUUCGUGAUCAAAAGGCGCGUCGCGAUCAGCAAACUGAACGCGCGCGUUCGCCAUGGCGAACUCGCCUCCGCUCGAGAUUAAUGGACGGUCGAAAACCCGCGACGCAUCGAGACAUCAAGAGACGCAUCCUUCGAAAAGGGUGUACACAGAAACACGUACGUUAAGAAUCCAACCGAGAGAAUAAAGAAGAAGAAGAAGAAAGAAGGAUGUUUCUGCGACACAGUCGACGCUCGAGUCGGAGGCUCCGUUUCCUCGAAGACGCUCGGGACGCCUCCUUGCGUUCGCUGUUGUAACCGCCGACCGACCAUUGUAUCGGUGUUGCUCUGUCGGCGUUUUCGUAUGUUCCUACUGCCUGUCGUCCGCCGUCGUUUCGAGCAUAGAUCUGUCCCCAGAGUCCAUCGAGAUUCAAAUCUGUUGCUGUUUACGUUCGAGGGAUUAGAUGAUCGUUUAUUGGUUAAUAAGUAUCGACAGAUCAAACGAGAAAGCUAUCUAACCACAUACUUUCUAUCGGUGGAGUUUGAGGUUAUGAAAAUCUCGAAACGAGGGUGGGGCCAAAAAGUCGAAGCUCGACGAAAGGAUCCUCGCCACCGAGUCGUCGAAAUGUUUCCCUCGUCCUAACCUUACUUUUCAUCGCCCACUCCAAUCAUCCUCUCGCUAGUUCUUGUAAAUACCACCGAUAUAUUUUCCUCUUAGUUAGGUUCUCCAUCGUGUUCCAUUUCCGUUUUAUUUUUUUUAUUUUCUUUCUUUGCAAUAAGAACACGAUGGUGAACCCAAACGUUUCCCUCAUUCCCAAGAAAGAUUCUUCCCUGUCCUGCUGUCAUCCCCAAUAACACCCGUAAUAGGGUUGAAUUGUUAGUCUUUUCCCAACAUUCAUCCCCUUCAUCACUUCGCAAAUCGAGACAGCGAAGCGGGCGUUUCUCUCCUCGUGUGUUAACGAGACAGGAUUUUUCAUUUUCUUUUUUCUUGUUUUUUUUCCAUAGACUUAAGGCGACAUGCUACCACAAUAAUAAUUAUUCCUAGGUCGUAAGGCUGCGUAUGCUGUAUGUCGUACCGAUAUAUACAUAUGUACACACGAUAUAUACGUAUAUACAUGAGACAAUGUAACGAGUACGAUCCCCUUCCGCGAAAUGUGUAUAUACAUAUAUGUAUAUGUAUAUGUAUGUGUGUAUACGUAUAUAUGUAUAUAGAUAUAUAUAAUGGAUAUAUACACACACACAACAUACACACAUUUGCGUUUUCUUUUUUACAUUGUUACGAGAAUUCAAAGAAAAAAGGAAAAAAAAGGAGCAUUCUAUAUAUAUACAUAUAAAAGAUACUUAUAGGAAGCGGAUACACUCUCGACGACGCCGUACAUUCUUUUUUCUUUUCUUUUCUCUGUUUCUUGUUUUUCUCUUUAUGUUUCUGUUUUUUUACGAUGUUCAUAUGGACUUAGUACCAUAUUAUUCGAGUGAUAGUUCGAUCAACAGGAUCGAUCACACACAUUGUACGCAUACUACACGUAUAUAUGUGUAUAUGUAUAUAUAUAUAUAUAUAUAUAUAUAUAUACAUAUAUAUAUAUAUAUAUAUAUAUAUGUAAUAUACGUAUAUGUAUAUUACACAUACACGCCGCAUGCUUAAUAUUUGACACACAUUAAGAUGCACCUAAGCGAAAUAGCCAUAAAAAGAAAAAUACCGAUUGUUUCCAUGAACCAAUUUAGGAAGAGAAAACGAAAAAAAAACGGCAGAGCGAAAAACAUAGUUAUCCAGUCGAAGAGUGAUCUCGUCGCACGAGAGAGCACACGCGAGCAAGAAAUUCCGUUUAAUCUGUGCCAAAUAUCGAGUAACCAGACUUUUUGUUCCUUCGUAGAUAGUAGUAGUGCCAGCGACGAAAAACAGAAAAUUGGUAGACUUGGCGUUCGAUCCAAAAUGGCGGCGAUCAGCCGCUGAAACGAUGAUCAUUCACUCCCUUCUCGUAAAUCGUGUCUGGCAUGCAUAUUACGACACUCGAGCUCGCGAGGCAGACUUUUUCUACCGUGUGUACACUUUUUUAAUAUUCACUUGUUCUCCUAACCUCAAUCGCGAGACGAAAAUUCGAAAAACCAAAAAAACAUAUAAUAAAAAAAUAACAAAAAAAUAUAUACAUGUAUGUAUAUAUAUAUAUAUAUUGAAACGCAGAAGGCUGAAACACUGGGAGCAAUCACCAUCAACAACAAUGCUUCGGUGAUCCUCGCAACAACACUUUUCCCCCAACAAUUUUUGUACGUCGAACGAAGCACGAUGUUUUUAGGUUAAGAAACUUGAGAGAAGUGAGCCAUGAUUUCUUCGUGCCUUUUGAAGGGAAGAACGAUCUACUCGAUUGGAUCGAACGCGAUUUAAAUACCGAUCAAUCAAAUAUCGUAGAACUUUGUUUAUCUGAAAGCUGAAGUUAUUCAUGGAGGAAAUAAUGUGCAUAUAUAACAAGAGCCUAUACUAUACAUGACCCUAUGACAAAGCCAUAUUGAUCAUCUGUAUAAAUUGAAAAGUAGAGAAGAGUGACGAUGUUGCAGACACUAUUUCUUAAUCUUACUUUAGAAUUUAUUAUUAUUUUUGUUAUCUCUUUGCAAUAAAUGAUCUUGUGAAAGUAAGUCAUUUGUUUAUUGAGAAUUGAAUAUUAAUCAUGUAGUCACGCAAUGAAACUGAGAAAUUGACAAAAAGUGAUGCUGAUCAAUUUGGCUUAUGAGGCGCUUAAUAAAAGUUCAUAUUCAGGAUUCUCUUGCACAAUAAUUUAUCAUAAAUAUUAAUAAAAUUAAUAAAUUGACAAAUUAUGAAUUUUAUGUGUUAGACUUCUCUUUUAUAGGCACAUGUUAAAUAGGAUAAGCAAAUGACUUGUGAUUUGUAAAAGUUCAUUUAUUUUAUUAUCAAAAGAACUUAUUAAUACUGAUAAUUUGUAACUUAUGAUUAGUAAAAUGUCACUAAUAAUACUAAUUUCAUUGUGCAAGAGGGACCAAAUAAUCAGUUAACAAAAUUUCGUUUCAAUAAAUGAAGUUCUACUAUAUAAACAGACACACAUACAUUCGUUUGAGUUAAACGCGUCUCUCUCUCUCUCUCUCUCUCUUUCUCUCUCGUUUUACGUUGCAUCUUUUUUUUCUUAACCCUAGAAAAAUAAACACGGACUGAAUUACCGACAUAACGCAUGCGUCUAGUUAUUUUUUUUCUUUGUCUCUUUUCUUUCCAGAUCGAAACAGUGGAUCCUUUCGAUCGCCAUUCGAUAUACCGACACACGGUUUAGUUUUCCAUGCGAUGAAGAUACGGGAGAGUGUGUAUGUAUUGAGUUUUGAGCGAAUAUGUAGUAUGCCUAUCAUCGAGAGGGAUUUCAUUGUUAGAUAUACAUACACUUGUGUUUAUAAGUACAUAAGCAAAAGGCAGACGCAGAAAGAAUUAUGAGAUAAACGAGGAUGAAACACUGGCGUAAAGAUUAAGAACUUUAGUUAACGUUUAGCAGCUAGAGAGUACGUAGGAAUUGUUAGCAGCGAGUACACAAUGAAGAUACAACCAUGUUAUUAAUAUUGUCUAUCGGUAUGAUAAAUGUGAACGCUAAUCCGUAAUUGUACUGUGUGUAUAUACUAUUAUAGCGAUGUUACGUAGGUUAUACACGUGAUUAUCUAAGGCCGACGUUAAAAAGCUUGCAAUGGAGAAGAAGCAUAACGAAAGAGAGAAGAAGAAAGAAAAUGGAAGAGAGUUUCAGUUUCUCGUACCUGACGCGACAACUUUUUCUAUCACGCGUUCAUCGUUUUUCUACGAUUUUCAACGCCGCUAUUUCCACGUUUUUCACACUUCGUUCGCCACGAAAACAUUUCGUGUCGCGACAGGUACGGAGAGACCAUUUAUAUAAAGAUAGGGUUAACCUUUAAAAUUCCACGAUGAAAGUGUAACUAAUGGAACUUUGAUAUAUCGUACCUUCGAGGAAUUAAGAUAAACCUUGUUCAAGGAUAAUGUACAAAAAUCUCGCGGUCGAUGUUCGCGCGAGGACGCACGAGGGCCUAAGAAGUCGAGAUACGAGUUUUCUUCGAUCAUUUUCAUCUUUUCUUUCCUUUCCUAAUUUUUCUUUUUUCUCUGACGUGGAAAAAGAUAAUUCGACGAUUUCUUCGGUAAAUUUCGUCAAUCGUUUUUUCGAGAGUGAUUUUAUACGAUUGUAAUGGCGUGUAUGCGCGCGAUCGAUCUCCCCUCUUUCGGCUCUGAAUGCGUGAUCACGCGUACGCGACACUUUUCGUUUUCUCGUGUUUCUUGCUACUCGAUAACGUGCGUUUUGAUAAUUUAGUCAAGUCGCGAAUAAAAUAUGAACAUGAAUAUUACAGAUCUGCAAGGAAAUUAAAUUGUCAGCGUUUAUCGUGUCAAUAAUAUUUUUUUAAGUUUUAAUAAAUCAGUGUUAUUUAAACGAUACUUCACACUUUCUUUUAUUAGAAUAUUUUCUUCUCUAUGAACACUCACUUAAUGAUGUCUCUUCGAAGUAAUAGUUUUCAAGCGAAUUAUUUGGAAAAGACAGCCACUAAUUUUUGUGAAAUUAAGGUUUGCGAGAACUUCUUCGAAAUGAUAAUUAUUGAAAAGAUAUUGUAUCUUGUAGCAAGGAACACUUGUAAUUUAAAUAUUUGAGCGCUUCCAUAGAUUAUGGAAAAGCUUGUACAAUGUAUACGAGAAUGUUGCGCGCAUACAUUGCGUCUAAAUGUAAGAAAGAAGCAGUGACGAAUCUAGAGUACACGCGAGAAAACUACAUACGCUAUGCAUACGCAUUUACACAGCUUACUUUGCGAGCAUUUAGGGGAAAAAGCCUUAACCUUCCUAAGGCUUCGUGCAACUCGAUCAAAUCUCGUUUUCUCUCGAGCUAUACUUGUUCGAAUGUUAUUAAAAAUCUAAGAAUUUGAGAGAGAAUGUACUUGUUAUAUCUUUGGCGAACAAAUGCAGGCCUGAUUUAAUUAUAUUUCGUUUAUGACGAAACGAAGUUCUUAGGAAUGAUAAGAGCCACGGUGAAGAGUACGGUGAUGAGUAGACUGCGGACUUUUAUGGGAAUCUAUGGUUUUAUAAACACAACUAAAGAAAUAGAAUUUACUUGAUCAAUGAACUUUAUUGGUAGAGAUUUGUUUUAUGUAUUGAAUUAUUGAUAUGUAUUUUAUAUAUAUUUUUGCAUAUAUUAUAUGCAUUCUGUCCAUUUUUAUCUUUUACAUAAAUGCAUAGAAAUCCGCGGUCGGAUGAUAAACAAAAGUAUUGGCAUAGAUCAGCUUAUUUUGUAAACUUUUAUGUGGGUUUGUAAAAGACAUGGUUCUUUGUUUAUUUUUUUGUAAAAUAUAAGGAGCAAAAGUUGCAAAGUUAUGACAUUUAAUUUUGCCAUAUUAAUUGUACCCAUUAAGGACAAAGCAACGAAAUAAAGUUGCAAGAAUGCAAUAUUAUUGGAAGACACAAAUACAGUAAUUUAUUGUUUUAUGAAGAUAAAAGAUAUGUUUUUACAAUAAUAAAUACUAUAUGUGUGUAUACUAUAUACAUAUAUAAAAAAAAUCAGAGUAAAAACAGAUGGUUAUAUAUUCUUCAUUAUUUGCGAGGUAAUUUCGAUACAGUUUCUUAACAAUAGCGAUGAAAAUAUAUUACAAACAAAAUUGAAUAAGCAAUCGUACGUUUUGCAGGUUUGCACAGAAUUAUUAAAAUCUGAUCUGUGCCAAUAUUUUUAUUCAUUACUGUAUAUACAGACUAUAACUUGAUGAGUUGGUGUAUGGGUGGGUCUAUCAUGCGUUUCUUCCCUGUAAUAUAUUUCUCGUAAAGUUGGUUCGCGGUAGAAAAACGCGUUGACGUGUAUUUUGCCCAGUGUUUGACAGAAAGCGCUUUGAGGAAAAUCAGAUUUCGAUUAUUAUAUCCAUUCUAUGCUAUUAAAUAAUUAUAAAAUAAAACAUUAACGAUUCCAAUAUUUAGUUAUACUUCUAUGUUUGAAAUGAAUUACUUAUAAUUAUCAAGCCUAUGUAUUAUGAAAAUAGUACUCUUUCGUCCAUUUAAAUUUCGAUAUACAAUGUACACGUAGCAAUAGGAAUUUCUGAUCCAAUUAAACUUUGCAAAUCCGCAAAAAUGUUAGAGAACAAAUUUUUAACUUUGUUACUAUCAACAGCGAUUAAUUUAUUUUUUAUUUUUCCUUUUUGCAAUACACGUCAACGUCCUCGAAUAGUUACGUUUAAAUGUGUUAUCGAUUUACAGCUUUUAAUAAUUGAUGAAACAAAUACUCGGAAACAAAGGAAAUUCCUCCAAUUUUUACCAUAAAUGUUUUUUAAUCUACCAUUUACAUCGCAUACAAAUUGAAGAUCUAACAAAGAAGAUAAACUAUAUAACAACGCAAGAACAAAUAAAGAAUGCAGAAAAAUAUAGAAGAAAUGACGGACUUUUGAAUGGCGUUUCAUUGAACCUGUUUUUAUACCUUGCUGCAUUUCUUCACUCAAACGAAGAAACGAUUUAAAACGAUAUACACACAUAGACAGGAAGACAGAGAAGAGAAUAUAGAAGCAUUUAAAACGCCACUUUAGAAUUCGAUAAUUCCCCCGGUAAAAACGAAGAAAAUAAAUAAUAUAAAUUAUACAUAUAAAUUCACGAAACAAUGGUUGCUAUAUCUUCAUUAUACUUUAACAUUACUUAGUUAAAAGAAUCUUAAUAAGAAAAAAUUAGAGGUAAAAUGCGAAGAGUCAUCAUAAUAGUUUAAUUACUAUUAUAAAGAAAAGAAAAAUACAGGAAGAAAGAGCAAGAGAAACGAAGAUGAAGAAUAAAAUAAGAGAAAAAAAGAAGAAGUAGUGGGAAAAAAGGAAAAGAAGCGACAAAGAAGAAGAAGAAUCCUUUUAACAUUUAGGCGAGCGUGGCUGUGCGAGCGAUUAUGAAUUAAUUAGAGGAAGUUUAAUGUUAAGGCUAAUUUCGAUUUGUACUUUUUUUGCGGCAAAUGGCGACUGAAAGCUGUUUCUUGAUCGUCCACUGCGAAUACAAAAUGGACGAUUAACUGUCUCCUGGGAAUAAAGAAAGCAAACGUUUCUUUUUAUAUUCUUCGUCGUAACUAAUAUAUAUUAGAAUUUUAAUUGAUAAAAAAUAUACUAUUCAGCUGAUAUGUAUGAUUAAUCUAUUUGAUCUUAACGUAACUUUUGUCUGUCACUUUGAUUUCAAAUGUCUCAUUUAAAAGAAAUUCAAGAUUCUAUCGAAGUUUUAAACGAGGACGAGGGAUAUUAAAUCGAUUCGUGUGCUCUCGAGUGUUCUCAUCUCUCGAAUAAGUAAAUGACGUUGAUAAUGAGACUGAAAAUAGUUCGAGAGAACGGAGUGCCUCUGAUAAAUCGAUCGAGCAUCGUAAUUAUUUUUCUAUCACACUUUCGGUCGCCACAGGCCCAAAAUCGAGGAAAAGAAAGAAGCACUGUGCAUAUUAUAAAUCCUAGAAUGUUAAAAUGGCGGCCACAACGUAUUGCGUGUGUAAGGUUAAUAAAAAGAUGUAUGUGAAUAGCGUUAAAGAUUGCGAAUUUGUUGAGAAAGGAGCGUUAGGAACAUAGGAGAGAAUAGUGUGCGUGAGAAUCGAAGUACACUUAGUGGAACAGCGAAUAAACAAGAUGAAUAAGCGUUAGGUUCAAAGGAAUUCUCGUUUUUUUUUUUUUUUGAGAAUAGACCUGAAUAACAGAAUUUAGAGAUAAAUUCUUCGAGAUGACAUUCGUUUAAGGUGAGAGAGAAAACGGCGGUUUGGUUGUUUUCUUUUUCUUUUCUUUUCUUUUCCGCGUGUUUAACGUGUUUUUAUUUGUAGGAAAGUCAGAAUGUUUGUUUCUUGAAUUUUACGAAGACAAACGAAAAAAAACGAAACAACAAGGGAAAAUACAGUUCUUUUUCCUCUUCUUAUAGAGUUAAGAUUCAAAUUAAAGACUGUAUAAGACAUUAUAUACAUGCGGUUUUUCGAACAGCGUUCGACAAUAUUCGUGUAUUUGAUCGGCCGAUAAAUCAAAAUUAAUUUUGAUCCUCCGUUAAAUUAGACCUAAACACAUAGUACUAUAGUAGGUUGGACACGUCUAGAGUCUCUAAAAAAUAAUUUUUUUUCUAGAUAAAUUAGUUUGAAUAAAAAUCAAUAAAUUUUUUCGUAUCAGUGGCAAAGAAACACGUUCACUCGAUGUUUAAUGGAAAUGUUUGGAACUGAAAACAGAACAAUUGAUAAAGACAGGGACGUGAAAAGAAAAAACAGAGGGAAGAAUUGAUGGAACAAUUUUAUUGACUUUGAGAUCGAUGAAAACCAUGUACCUAAUUAGUUCGAAGCGCCGUCCAAUUAAUCGUUCAAAUAGAAACGAGAAGAAUGGGUGGAAAAUUACAAGCUGUCGCGAAGGGAACAUUGUAACAGUAUUAGUCUUUUUUUUCUCUGUUCUUUACGAUUAUUUCACGAAUGUAAAUUGAAAAAGGACAUGGAAUAGAAGAAUUCGAUUUAAAUGGCGGUGAUACCUCGAUUAUGUAGCGAUCUGACAAAUUGGCGGCUAUUUUUUUUCGUAAGUUUCGAACGUUGAAGAAUGUCUAGUCGUUAGGAGCUAAUAUGCGUAUAUGAUAAUCUGUUUUAUUCGCUCAGAAGAAAAUCGAGAAGAAAUCCAUUGUGAUCGAGGUUUCAUCGUUUAAUUUUCGGCAGGCCCUCGAACAUCGACUUAUUGUUGAAACGAAACGAAAGAAAGAUUAUAUAAUCUUAAAUAUAAUGGACAACAAAACAGAAAACAAUGAAAGCAAAGAAGAAAAUGUUCCUCAAGUUCAAGCGCUACGUUUGCUUCGUGCGUCUGCAUUCCCUCGUAGAAAGAACAAAUUGAAGAAACGAAAAUAGAGAUGAAACAAAUUAGACGAAAACAGAUAUGAAUCACGGAAGAAACAAGAGAAAGCCGAAAAAGAAAAUGAGGAACGUCGCAACGCGCCGUAAAUUCCGUCUAUAUAAACACAUGAAAUGAAACAUUGAGAACAAAAGUGAACUGGCUCGAUAAACCAAACAAUUCUAAAUAACCUAACAAUAAUCGUUAUUAAAAUAGUGGUAGGCAUAAAAUAUGCGUUGCAUCGACGAUUUCAUUAUUUGGCUUUCAUUUGGAACAAAUGAAUUCCUAAAUGAAUUAAUGUCAUAAGCGACACAUUAUGGAAUAUUAAAAAGUUCGCAAUGAAAAGUUCGUUCAUCAAAAAUUGAAUGGUCUACGAUAUUAAGAAGAAUGCGAAAUCCACUUUUGUUUCCAAUGUUUCGAACAAGAACAGACUGCCAUUGAUUCGAAUGUACUCGUUUUGUAAUCAAUUCGUAUAAAGAGAAGAAACAAACUGUGUACGACGGAAAGGGAGAGAACAAUGAAUGAGUGUCCGAGAACGCGUGAAACCGUUCCAAUAAUUAAUAUUCACAUUUACUCUCACUUGCAAAUUCACUUAAAUAACAUUUUCAAAAUAUUCCCACAUUUAACUCUAACUUUACUUUCUCUUCCUUCUUCUAUAUACAAUAUUUUCAUUUCAAACUCAUCGACACGAUAGAGAUUGUAAUUUUCUUGCAUUUCUUUUUUCUUUGAUAUCGUGGUGCGUAACUUAUUAAUCGUCGAAAUUUCACGGGGAAGCUUGUAAAAAUAAAUCAUUGUUCCGAGCGACGAACUCUAAUUUAUCAUAGAUUUAUAUAGAACUAUACUUUUAAAAGCUGCGAUUUAUAAAUUAUAAAUAUAUUAGAGAGAAAACGAUGUUUCUAACGAUUAUUUUUUUCUUUUUUGUUUUGUUUUGUUUGCGAUCGGCUCUUGUUUUGGAGAAGAUUCUGCGAUUCCUUGUAGCUAUAGGAAGAUUUUUAUCGAUAUAAUUUUGUUGAUUAAACUAUUGAAACAUUGGAUGGACGAACGUUUAAACGGGAAAUCGCACAGCGGAGAGAAUACUGUUCGUUCUGCCAUCUUUUUUUUCUUUCCUUUUUGUAAUCUAGGCUGUAAUUCUUAAUUUUAUUCUAGAAUUCGUAAGGUUUAUUUUGUAAUCGAUCACGAGAAAGAAUGUUCUUGAUUUUUAUUUAUUUCUUUCGAUACUUCUGUUAAAUAUGUUUCUUCUUUUAUCAAAUGUUCACGCAAAAGGAAAAAAUGAGAAAAAAUAAAUUCGCAAUGGUACAGCGCUAUUCUUUUCUAAACUUUCUUCCUUCUUAAUUUUUUAAUGAGAACAUUCAAUAAGAUAUUGAAUUUCACGUACUAACAGUCAAACAAUGCGAUAUUGAGUUAACCAAAUCCGAGAUAAAAAAAUGGAAUUGUGAAAUAACGAAGUAAUAUUAUUAACAUUUAAAUGUUUCUUCAAUCUUAAUACAUCCUUAAGUUUAUUACCCAUAUUCGAAUAUUCAUCAUUUACAUAGUGACUUUUAUUUAAAAUUUGUCGGACAGUAAUUGUUAAAAUGCAUCAAGAAGACGACUUUGUUUCGUGUAAAAGAUCGAUAACUUUAAAUUUACAGUAUUCUUAUCGAUGUGUGGGUUAACAAAGUGUCGAUUUCUGCGGGAUAAUAAAUAAAUUCUUUCGUAAAUUCUACUAAACUAAAAACAAAAAGAAAAAAAAAAGGAAAAAACAAGAAAAACGAAAAAAAUGUGGAAAGAGGUGAAGAGUGUGCGUGCGUGUAUGCUCGGAGAUUUAAUUACCACGUUCGAUGAUCGAUAAACCGCUAUCUAAUUUACACAGGGCAUUUAGUGCCAACGACCGUUACGAAUAAGCAGUUACGAAUAAUAAACCGUAAUUUGAUAAUAAUUAAUCGUGUCGUUUUAAGAAUAGAGAGAAUGGAUCUAGUGAAUUUUUACAAGAAACACCGGACUCUGCGCAUAUCUAGAAAGACUGUCGUUCUGUUCAUCCCGAAAGGGAAUAAAAAUCAUGAAGAAAAUCAUUAACCGAAAAAGAUAAUUAAAAUGGAAUCUCAACUUGUUAUCUGUAAUUUGCCGAGGAAGACCAACUUUUUGUACAUUUUACAGAGUUUUUGAUAGCUUGUAAGACGGAUAUACGUGAAUGUUCUACCUUACGCAUGCAAACACGACGAAUUUUUAUUCGAUAUGGAAAUAUUCUAAAAUUUGUCCAAUGGUUUUUAUUCUUAACAAACAGGAAUGAAAAAUAUAUAUAUGAUGAUGACUAACUUGGCCCUGCGUUAGCCCGGUGUAGUGAAAAAUAUUUUUUACAAAUGGCAUCAAAUUUACUUUUUCAAAUAAUUCCUAAUACAGAUUUAAUAUCUAAUACGAAAUUAAUUAAUUAUUUUAUAAAAUCAUUUUAAAUGAAAUUAUACACGCGUCUUUCUUUAUUCUCUAUUAUAGGAAAAUUAAUAAAAAUAUCAAAUUUUUUACUUUAAUGAAAAUAUGAAAAUAGUGCGAAAAUAUAUUAAUUAAACGCUUAAUUAAAAUAUUGUAAAAACACGGGUUAACGCGGGUCUAAAAUAAUCUUUUCUACGAGUUUCUUAAAGUCAUACACGAUUCACCGCCCUAGUUUUAAAUUGCACAUAACAAAUGUAUCUCUGGUGACAAUGUUAAGUGCCUAAUAUCGCAGCUCGCACUCGAUGCGCCAAGAACGUCACGUUCACGUGUAUUUCUGGCAAUGUAUUAAGUUGUCCCGAAAGUUUCUUUCGUUUUAUAAGGAAAUAAUAGACGCACAACAUUUUUUUCUUUUAUAUUAUUUUAUUGAAUUAUGUAUGGUCCAUUUUGUCCUAUUAUUUCCGUAUAAAACGAAAGAAACUUUUAAGAUAAUCUAAUAUUACAUCAAAUCCACCAAUUUCGUUGUACAUAUAUUUUAACAAGUUCCGAACAAAUCUCUUUGAGGGAAGAUACAAGAUAUACUAAGCAAUAUCGUUUCUUUUUUCACUUAAAAAUUCUAAUUGCCAAAAAUCACGUCCACGCAAGCUUGUCAACGUUUUAAAAGCCUGUUCGUUUCAUUCUCAAUAGAACUGAAAAAAAGAUGCUACGUUCUUAUAGAUCGAUAACAAUCAAUCAAAGAGAUUCUUUUCCUCAAGCACUUUUUAACGACAAGUUCAGUGAAGUGCAAUCAAUCGAUAGACACGAGAGAUCGCAAAGAUUGUCGAGUUGCGUUUUCCAGACAACUCGUGCGGCAACGAAACAAUUGAAAAUUCAAACAGAUCCAAGUCAAUUCAAACAUGUAAUUACGCAUAAAUUAAAAUUCAUGAAUAGAUGAAAAUUAAAAAAAAAAGAGGAAGAGAAAUGAAGGGAUGGAGGGAAAUCGGGAAAGAACAAUGUAACUCUCUAUAAAGUAAAGUAAAGUAACUCGAUUACUUUACCAAGGUUGAAUUUCCAAUAAGCAUCAGACGUACACGUUCACUGCUUUCGACUAGACACAGUUACUGCAUCCCUCUCUACAUGGGACAUUUUCUGCAAGCACGAGACGCCGCGUGCUUCGGUUCCACUAAACGCAAAUCGCUUAACUCAAUAUGAACGUGAAGCAUUUGUUUCUUUAUGCAUUCGUUAUUUAGUGUACCUUUGUUUAGAAAAAAAAGAUUCUUUACAUAUAAAUAAAGUGGAAUACAGUUUUAAAACAAGCCGAACGUACUACUUUAUUGUAUCGGUAUAAAUGCGUCUGUCGCGUAUGUCAGACGUACGCGUCUGACGCUUAUAGGAGAUCGCGCCUUUAGAUAGCCGAUCGUUAAUUUAUCUUUUAUUUAUAUAGGCGUAGACUAACGUGAGAUUGUUGUAAAUGUUCGAUUUCGUUCCCUCGCGUACUUCUGUCCAUCGAAUCUUAUUGUUUGAUGAAUAGCGCGUAUAAAUUCACUGUGCUCGCUGAGAAAAUAUGUGAAGAAAGCGAAAACAAGCGAAGCACGCGUGAAACAGCGAAGAUUCAACGGAGAUCGUUAAUUAGAUCGGUGAAAUAAGUUGUUUUGUCCCGAGAAAUCGGUUGAUUUUAUAGAAAAACGAAGAAUCAAUUUUUUUCUCACGAAUUUUCUAUUUCGAUGUCUAUUGCAAAAAUCGAUUCGUGGUAAUCGAGGGCGAUUAACGCGAUUUGUUCGUACGUUUUUCGAAUGAAUUCGUCGGAACGAAAGAGAAAUCGGGGAUGAGAAGGCAGACAGGAAAUGUGAAGAAUAAAGAAACUUCUUGGGUGAAACGAAUUAACGACAUAGAGCGUAAACGUUGAGAGCGCGUAUAUUCCAAGCUGCUCGUAGUUAGAGAAAAGGAAAAAAAAAGAGAAUUUAAAGUUUUAAUAGAAAACUCGCAGAACGAGUCGAUGCUCGAACGAGCAAGCAGGGGAUGGUAGAUUUAACACUAGAACUAUCAAACUCGUCAGGAUCGUGGAUUUUAGUACUUUUGUCUUUACAAUCUCGUGUUUACAAAAUUUGUUCACUUCCAACAACUUGUAAAUUAGUUUUCUCACUUUUAAACGCUUAAAUGUGAAUUUUUCCAUUUCUAAAGAAUUGAAACGCUCAUUUUUAUUGAGAUAGAAACAUAAUCUCGUAGAUGUAUCUAUUUACUUUUAUUGUGAAAUUGAAAUGUAUGUAUAGUAGAUUGUAAUGUAUUUAAACACACACAUAAAUCGGUAGUUCUAUUGUUAAAAACGGAUAUUUUCUUUGCUUUUCAAAGGAUCUUAAAGGAGCUUAAACUAAGUCAAGCGAUCCUUUUUGUUGAAAUAUAAUUUAACUAAUUAAUGUAAACACGUCUACUAGAUUUUUAAUCGAUGCAUUUCUUCCAAUUAAGCGAAAGAGAAGAAAGCUGACCGAAAUUCACGAAUCGUAAGAAAUUCUAAUUUAUUUCGUACAGUCGUUAUUUAUUUAUUUCUACGGACUCUCGUCUAUAGACUGCGAAUGUUUAUGCAAAUUAACAUUUUUAUAAAUAUGAUCGAAGGAAGCGAAACCUAAAUGAAAGUUAGUUUCAGUCACAAAAUACUACAGAUGAGUAUAAGAGAAAAGCAUAAAAGUAUAUUUCCCUUGAUUUUUUUUAUUUCUUUUGUCACUUACAAUUAGCUAAGAUAGUCAAGUUAAAUUAGAUUCAGAGACGCAAGUUUUCUGACAAUAGGCGAUGAACUUAUGAAAUUUCUAAAGAAUUUUUUAGAUUCAAACGCAUAAAUAUCCACAGUCUGCUCAUCUAUCGUCACGCGAUUGUUAGUCGUUUUAGUAGACACUUCAGGGGAUAAGAUAACACGCGUUACUUGGCAUAAUUUGUUUUAUUGAAACGAGCUCUAAUGACUUCCAACGUGAAGAUCUAUUCCGGUCAUCAAAGUAUUAAGAAAGAAAGAUCGUCGAAUCUUGUAAUUCGACGUAAAUGAAUAAAAUAAAAAAGGAAAAGGAAAGAAAAUCGAAGGUUUUCUAGAAGACCAGAGACUGGUUAUUAAAAAACGGCGUUCCUUCUUUGAACUUUGAUUAAAGAAAAGGAAGAAAGGACGCGAACUUAGAUAGAACUAGGCGUGCGUACAGACGAAAAUGAAAAAUGUGCGAGAGAUGGGGCGAAAGAAAGUCGUGUAUAUUUGUGUCUGCGUGCAAGAAUUGUGAAAAAGAAAGGAAAAGAGAUAGAAUGGUGUAUUCUAAGCGUCGUAAUAAUUAAGGAUGAAAAAAAAAACGUAAAAAAUAAAAAAGGUAUGAAACAUACGACUGCACUGGAGCGACUCGAGCGAAUCGCGAAAAACCGGCCGACUUUGUAUCUCGUUUUUCCACUUUAUUUAACUCUUCCGGGCUUCAGGUGUUGACACACGAUAUUUUAUAAAUAUUUAACAGAUUAGAAUUAAAUUGGAUAAAGUAACAAAUAAGAAUAAAAAAAGAGUGCAAAUUAUGCAAGGUUAUCGGCUGAUUCAUAAAUCGUGUAGCGAAACAAAGUUUUGCAAGCUGGAGAGCGAGAUGACGGCGUCACAAUGAUCCUCGAAGAGUUAACUUACAUUUGGCGAUUUCGAAUUCGCUCAGGUCGACCGAUAGGGUUAAGAUGUACUUGGUUACUAUAUCGACGACUAGAAAAAAUAAAAACGUCGGAGAAAGCUCGGAGCGGAUGUUUCGUGCAGACGCAACGGGUUCGAAGACCGGUCGUUUCCAAAGAGCCGCCAGGCGGUGUUUGAAACGUUUAAAACGCACCUAGACUUAAAAAAAGAAGAAAAAGAAUUAAUUAGAAAGGUAGAAAUAGUUGAUAAAAACAAGAAGACGACUUGAUUUAAGGCAUGUGUAAAAGACACGCGAACCCUUGCAAACUCGCGUAAGAAAAUAACUAUUCGAGAAUAAUAUAUUAUCUUAUCGGAUAAUAUAUUAUACCCUUAUAUGAAAGAUAAUUUAUUAUAUUAAAUAACGUAUUAUUAUAUAAACGGCGAUGAAACGUUGCACCAUGUCGAUCAGCAAUAAAAAAAAUUAGACGAGAACAAGAGAAAAAGAAGAAUCGAGGGUUGCCUGUAUUCUUGUUUUUCAAAUUACGCGCUGUUUUCGUUGCGCGGUAAAUACGAAAUGAAAAAUGUGAAUUGUGAGACGUAGACGAAUUAGAAAUAGAAAAAAAAGAAGAAAGGAGGUAUCGAAAUGAAAAUAAUGAGAUAACGAAUGAAACAGAUGAAAGUGCAAUGUUUUAUUGUUAAACUCGACUCGCGCGAUGCACGGAACGCGCCACACGAGCGGAAAACACUUUGAGAAAAAAUGUCUUCAUACUAUUUGCAUAUUGCUUUAUUGUUAUACGAACAUUGUAACGAUACAUUAUGAUUAAAAGUAAAGGAAUAUUAACCCGGCGGUAUCCAUCGAUUCUACCGGCGGUUUUAAGCCGUGCUCAAGAAAUUACAGUGUGUAUUUUGCCGAAAUAUUUUUCACGCGAAGAUACGAGGCUCGACUUUUGUCUCUCGACACUUUCACACUGUCGACUGUUCACACUUUCUUUUCCAUUUUGGUAUUCAGAUAAUCUUUAAAAUCUGUUUACUGAUCGUUUUUUUUUUUUAAUGAAGUUGCAAGAUUUAAAAUGUUAUGUAUGAAAACGUAAUUUCAUUUCGAACUUUUAAACUUAUAUUUGAAUAAAAAAAUUUUAAAAAUAUGUAGGGAGUCGAGACUGUAAGAACGACUUCUGAAAAAUUAAUUUUAUUCGAAUGAAGAAAUAAAAAUCGGAAGAAGGAUAUAUGCAGAGUGUGAGAAGUACGAACCUCGUGAACCUUCGUCAGGAAUUCCCUCAAAUGACUGCACUGGUUAUGCCCACGCAUAGAAUUUUGCCGCUUCCCCGAGAAGGCUCGCUUUAAAACCGCCAGUACGUAAUUCUAGCUAUUACGCGAGAUUCGUUCACAUAUUUACAAAGGUGGAGCAUUUUAAUUCAUAGGUAAAAACGGAAACGUUUUACUUUCCCUUCUUUUUCUACGUACUUUGUAUAUUCCCAGAAUAACCAUCCAUUUAGAACGACGGUAUGUAAUUAUGGACUAAAAAAAAAAAAAAAAAAAAAAAAAAAAAAAGAGAAUUAUUACGACUAAAACACGUUCAUUUUACUGUUAAUCAACCAGAUUUUAUUGAAUCGAACGCGUUGAUGUAAACGACGACUAAUUUGUCGUCGUUAAACGUAAUGAUCUUCGUAACGAUGUGACUCAAUUUAGUUUUCCGGACUUAACCACCCCCUGUUCUUGUUUAGAUGCGUAUGCACGCGUGCAUAGAAAUGGAAUCACGCGUACUACGAAGAGACAAGAAAAAAUGAUCUCAACAAGAAAAUAGCCGCCUCAAACUUUCGAAUGCUUUUUCACUCCGAUUUCGUCCGUUAAUUUUCUACUACAUUUUAGAUUCUAAAGGAGAAAUUUCCUUUCUCAAUCAACGAAAUAGAAUUUGUAUCUUUUAUUUGUAAGUAAUCAUUGUCGAUGAUCUUUUACUAUAUUUUUCGUUUUAUUUAAUAUUUCCUAUUUCUUUUUUUCUUCCUUUUUCUUUUUAUAUUUUUCGUGCGAUAGAAUACGCGUUUUGAGAGAUGCCGAAGACUGGUAAUAAAUACGAAAUCGAGUCGCAUCGUUUCAUCGACAUUAUUAUCGUCGUAAAGAUAACGUAUAGUAAAACCUCGCAAAUCUGUCGACGUUGGUGAAGCAAUCAACCGGUUUCUUAGAGACUAUAGAGAGGCAAGGGAUUGCGCCAAUAGAGAAGUACAAAUUAUUAAAUGGAGAGAGAGAGAGAGAGAGAGAAAGAGAGAGAGCGUGAGAGAAGAACCGUAAAAAUGCGAAAUAAAAUCAAUCAUUCGAGAAUGAGAUAAUUGUGACCAAUAACGAGUGAGGUGUAACGUCUGAUUGUUUAGUUUCAUCGCUUUUUAUUCAUUACCUUUGAUUAUAUUAUUGCUUGUAAUAAUUCAUUCGAGAUACCUUGAAUACAAAAAGUAAUAAACAAUGUUAGCCCGUC